AUGCAGGCCCUCGCGGGAGUGCUGGGGGAGGCCCAGCGCCUGGGCACCGAUCUCGGGAGCUUCAGCCAGCAGAGGGCGCUCCGGACUCGCCGGACACCCGCGCUUCGGCCCUUGCGGAGGCGCCGCGGAUUUUCCGACGUGCGGACAAAAACGUUCCCGCGCGGUAGGGAUGCCGCGGGGGUUCAGCGUGUGGCCGUCUCGGAUGCCAAGACGUCUGUCGUGCGGGACGUGCUGGUGAACCAUCAUCGCCCUCACGCAGCUGGGCUGGGCCAGAGCGGCCCGGGGCGGGGGGUGCCCAGGGACCACCCUUCACGGAAGCCCCCAGCCUCACUCUCGGCCCUGGCCUCGGUCUUGCCCAUCUCUAAAGUGGGGGCCCUCAGGCCCCAGCGCCUCCUGCACGGGCUGGAGUUGAAGGCGGCAGCUCUCACCCGGGUCCCCCGAACCCCUCCCUCCCUGACCCCGGCGGUUACUGCUGACCUGCCGCCCCCCCAUGGUGCUGGGGGUGCGACACGCGGCUCCUUUAAGGAGCGUGAGCUCUCUCAGGAAGGGGUCGUGGCUGCAGGGGGCAGAGACGAUGGGAAGCUGUCCCUGGAGGAGUUCCAGCUUUUCUUCGCAGAUGGCGUCCUCGAUGACAAGGAUCUGGAGGCUCUCUUCCACACCAUCGACUCUGACAACACCAACCACGUGGACACCAAGGAGCUGUGUGAUUACUUUGUGGACCACAUGGGGGAUUAUGAGGACGUCCUGGCCUCCUUGGAGACCUUGAAUCACUCUGUUCUGAAGGCCAUGGGCUACACCAAGAAGGUGUACGAGGGCGGGAGCAACGUGGACCAGUUUGUGACCCGCUUUCUCCUGAAGGAGACGGCCAAUCAGAUCCAGUCGCUGCUGAGCUCCGUGGAGAGUGCGGUGGAGGCCAUUGAAGAACAGACCAGCCAGAUCCGACAGAACCACAGCAAACCCAGCCACGGCGCGGCGGAGACCUGGUGUGCCGGCCCCGCUCCCCCCCAGGCCCCCAACCACAAGCUGGGGGCCGCGGAACAAGGGAAGAGACUUCCGCCUGUCACCGUGGACCCCAAGGAGGAGGGGCUCGAAGCCCAGAUCAGCCGCUUGGCAGAGCUGAUAGGGCGGCUGGAGAACAAGACCCUUUGGUUUGACCUUCAGCAGCGCCUCUCAGAUGAAGAAGGCACCAACAUGCACCUGCAGCUGGUCCGGCAGGAGAUGGCCGUGUGCCCCGAGCAGCUGAGCGAGUUUGUGGACUCCCUGCGCCAGUACCUGCGGGGGACCGCGGGGGCCAGGACCUGCUUCCACAUCGCGGCAGUGAGGCUGGCUGAUGGCCUCACCUUCGUGGUCUAUGAGUUCUGGGAGACGGAGGAGGAGUGGAGGAGGCACCUGCAGAGCCCCGUGUGCAAGGCCUUCCGGCACGUCAAGGUGGACACUCUGAGUCAGCCUGAGGCCUUCUCCCGGAUCUUGGUGCCAGCUGCCUGGUGCACCUUGGGCCGUGACUGACCACCUCCCGGAGGCCUUCGGAUGAACCUGCCACCCUGCUCCCUGUUUUCUAGAAACUUUGGUACACACACCGUCUUUUCACUGUACUUCCAGACAAGAAUGUAGUUCCCUGCUGUGUGAAGUGAAGGAGAACCCCUGCCGUCCCCCCCGCCCCCCCCCCCCCACAUCGGCAGAGCAGCCUCGGAGCUGCCGGACCCCUGCUGGAGCCAGAGGGCAGCAGGGAGAGGGAGGCCUCCUGGAACCCCCACCCCAGUGGCCGUGCAUGACCCUCCCCUCCGCUGGCCACUGCCUUAGCGUCCUGGUAGGAGCCGAGACCUUGUAGUGCCCAACCUAGGCCUGUGCCCGGGCCGCACAGGACAGUAGAGCCCACGUAGCCCGUGCCGUGCUCGGCCGUCAGGCCCCAAUAAACUCUGGUCGGGAACGGCCGCGUGCUGUGUUUUCCUUCCGCGUGCUCUAGUGACGGCAGCUAGAGGAGUGAAG